CGGGAGGCGGGGGCCGGGGGCGGGCGCGUCCACCUGCGCGCGCCGGGCCCCGGGCGCAUGGAGCAGCGCUGAGCCGCAGCACCGGCAGCGCCCGGCGGGCGGGGGGAGCCCCGCUCCAUCGCGGGCCCCGCGCCGAGUCUCCAUCGUCAUCAACUACAACUCCUGUCAUUCUCCUCUUCCAUUCACCUACCCAAAGACCAAAUCUGGAAAUAGUAACCAAAAGAGAAGCCCACGUCACGCACAGAGCAGGGAAAGGUUGAAAUAAUUAAAGGGUUGGCCAGAUGCAGUGGGGCAUGGAGUGAACAGAAAGAGGUUAAAUUGAUGGAUGACCAACAAGAGCAGGAUUGUGCCUCAGAAGACCAAGAAACUAUCCUGAUUAAUGGGGUGAAAGAAAAUGAGUCGCAGGCCCUGGACGGCGAUGAGAGGCCCUGCAGCGCUGCCGAGGCCGCGGCGCCGUUCCCGGCGCUGAGCGCGGCCGCCAAGGAGGGCCCCGCGUGCCACCGUGCCCCGACGGCCAAGAAGCCGUGCCCGCUGAGCCCGCAGUCGCCGCUGCGCCUCACCGAUGUCCCCGAGCACGCCUCGGACGACCCCUCCGCCCACGCCAUCUCCCUGACGUCCUGCGUGACCAAGGGCAUGAGCUCCUGGUCGCUGCCGGGCAACUGCGAGAAGGCGCCCUUCACCAUGAUGGAGCCCGGGGGGAUGUCGGCGCUGACGGGAGACUGCCUGAUGCAGCCGAGCCGGACCUGUCUGGGCUGCUUUAUUGAAUCCAAGGACGGCAUUGAUGCGGAGCCGGGAAUAAGCUUGAAAGUGGGGGAUAUAAAUAGGGAUUAUGACACCUGUUCGGUCUCUGAUAUAGGGAUUCACUGCAUGAGCACAGGAGAAACCAUGAGAUAUGGGGAUCAACUGCUUUCAGACCAGCUUUUAAGCUUCCCUAUGCAUAAAUCGAGGGCAGCGGACAAAAGAGAUGCAGAAAAAUCUGACAGUGAUUCAGAGGACCCCACUCAGAAAAAUUAUUACGAGGGAUUACUAUUAGACAAAUGCAAUGGUGAGGAACCUUUACUAACAAAUCCCAACCAGGAAUGGGGCUAUUUUGAAUCUUUCAUUAGUGAAAGUAAAAUUGAGCUGCUUGACCUCUGCUCCAAAAAUGAGCUUUCAGUAAAUCUGUUUUCUGAGGAAGACGUGGACAAUUACAUGUUCGAUGACGACGAUUCCACCUUGGGAAGUGACGUCUGCUCCCUAAAGAUUAGAUACGAAUCUUUCCAAGACAAUGUGAGGGAGAAGACCACCACCCUACAGGAGGACGCCCAGUUCAACUUCUUCCCCAGCGUGUUCAGCAACUGCACCAAAAGGGACAGCAGGAGCACCCUGAAAAGGGGGCCCAGCGGUGCCGCCGACCCUUCUCAAUUCAAAUCCGAGGAAGGCAUCAUCUGGGGGGAGGAGGAGGAGGACGGCGAGGAAGAGGACGGUGAGGAGGAGGAGAAAGCUGCCUUAAAUAAAUCCUGCAACAGCACAGAGAUGGUGCAGUACGUGGGCUCCAAGAGGAGCCACUUCUUGGACUCGGUGAAUUCAACAGAGGACUCCGGGGAGUUCAGCGACGACAGCACCUGCACGGAGUCCUCCUACGAUGUGCUGCGGGAUAUCAAGGACUGCAGCCGGUACCUGGCCCGGGACCACUCCGGCUCCUUCAUCCAGCAGAACUACGGGCUGCGGGCGAAGAGGAAAGUGCGAUACAGCGACGACUACCUGUACGAUGUGGACUCCAUCGAGAACGAGAAGAUCCUGGACAAGAAGGAGUGGCUCCCGGACGGGCCCAAGGAGGAGGACGACGAUGAGUGGUGCCCCAAGAAACGGCGAAAAGUCUCUCGCAAGGAGCCCCCCGUUAUCAUCAAGUACAUCAUCAUUAACAGGUUUAAAGGGGAGAAGCAUAUGCUGGUGAAGCUCAGCAAAGUGGAUGCCAACGAGACAACUGUUACUUUGAACGAGGAGCUGCUCAGCAAGUACAAGAAGCUGGCCCCGCUGAAGGGCUUCUGGCAGGAGAGGCAGCAGAGCCGGCUGGAUUUGCUCAGAUCGUCUCUCUACCACAAGCAGAAUUUCUAUCUUAACGGCUCAGAUGCUUCGUUCCUCCCUCACCCACGGAAGCGAAAAUGCAAGCUAGCAAACAGGCACCGGAUUCAAAGAAUUAAAGCCAUCGAGCAAUCAGUGAACAAGCUGGGCUCUUGCUCCUCUGAUCACAAGCAGCCUUGCAGCAGUAAGGAGGACGUGGGCCUGAAAGGGCUGCCGGCGUUAGCCAUCGCCGCCCCCAGCUGUGCCAACGGAUUACACGUCCACGACAUCGCGGGCAUCGCCGUGAAAUGCAAACCGCAGGAGCGGGAGCACAAGGGGACAGAGCGGAAGGUGCUCCGCAGAAUCAAAUUCAAAAGUGAAGCCAGGUUGAAGUGCAAGAAGAUCAAAGCUGCCACCAGCACGGCAGAGGACUCCCCAGCACUGGAAAACCAGGACUCUGCAGCGCGUCUGAAGGACGAAAACAGUCCCUGUGCUUCAGACAGCUCCCAUCUCCCAGAGUGCCACGAGGAUAAGGUUGCUAAAAAUUCUCCUUUCCUACCAUCCACCUCCUCUUCAGACAAGCCUCUGCCAUCUGCUAAUAUCACCACCAAUGUACCCCUGAUCCCCGGAGGGUAUCUGCAGACGUUGCUAGAUGCUUCGGAUCUGUCGAGCAACCCCGGUAUCCCGUACUUCGCCCAGCACCCCUCCGAGCAGCAGCAGCAGCACCCGCUCCCCAGCAUCGUCCCGCCGGAAAAGCCCUUCCCGUCCCUGCAGCCGGCGCAGAGCUGCGUGCUCUCCCCGCCCUCCGAGUCGGAGCUGCAGCAGUCGCCCGGCCACUUGGAGAUGGAGCAGGGCGGCUUCGGCAGCAUGUGGCCGGCCAGCAAGGGCAGCGAGCGCCAGGACUUCCCCAGGGACGUGCCGGAGGCGGCCGGAAUGCCGAGUGAGUUUGCCCCGGGCACGGAUGGCCUCCCCACCUCUGGAUACGCUCAAGUCAAUCUGAAUAGCGGCAAAUUGCUAUACCAAAAAAAUUACAUGCCGGAUAGCCAACAAGUGCAGUCUGAUGAUUCUUAUCAGUCAUGUCAUUUCAAUAAUGGAGAGGGGCGCUUUCAUUUCCAACGAGGUACACUCAAUACGGAUGAUGGCAGGCUCAUUAGUUUUGAUUCAGUGGGUUCAUUGUCAGUUAGUUCUAGCAAUUACAGUUCUUUAAGUUUAAAGUCUUGUGAAAAGGAUGGCGAGGAUGAUAUUAAUGAUGAUUUCUUGGCCCACUGCAGUCCCAAGCUAGUGAUCCAGCAGAGCAUAGAUGAAAUCACCCCUCUGAAGGAGUCCACGGACCUUUUAGACAUUUCCAACUUCACGCCUGAUAGGUUCCGCCAGUCAUCGCUUUCGGAGAUGUCCCCUCCAGACACUCCCAACCUGUCCCCGCAGAUAGCUGGCUCCGAUGCCAAGCCUCUGGGCACCCUGAAGGGCUUUCAGGAGAGUCCCCAGGCCUCCCUCAACAGCUCCGAGAAGGUCAAGUGGAACUGUGGGGUCCUGCAGACCGAGGAUCAGGCAGAUAAUGGGUUUGCUUUAAAUAAUCACCAGUUCCAGUUCCAUAUGUUCAACGAUGAAGAUUCUGUCAGCCUUCUCGAAAAGAGUCCAUGCUUGUCAACAUUUAAUGAGCCAUCUGGUCAAAUUAGCACCAAUAGCAAAGUGUCAAAAUCGAAGAGGAAAAGUUCAUCCAGCAAGAAUGUGGGUACAAACCAAAGCUCUUCCCAGAAAGCCACCCGGAAAAAAUCACCCAAAACCAACAAAGGCACCGAUAAGCCGCAAGGGAAAAACUCCAGGCAGGCACCCAAAUCCACCAGGAAAGGGAAAAAUGCAGCAGGAGUCAACGGCGAGAAGGCUCCGGCUGUUGGUGGCAGGGCGGUCACUCAGCUGGGCACCGUGGCCACGGCCACCAAAGGUGUGGCCGAGGGCACUCAGCACUGCAGCCCGGCAGGGGUGAAGCUGGGCAAGCACAACGGGCUCUCUGGAGAGUGGGCACUGGGAAAAGAGGGGGGCACGGGCUGGUCGGAGGCCAGCCUGGGCAAUGCCACCAGCCUCCUGGACGACGACCAGAGGGAGUUCGAGGAGCCUUCCAACAUCCUGUCCAACAUCGCGUCGGGAAUGGCCGAUGUCCAGAGGUUUAUGAUGGCCUCCAUCGAGCCCUUGUGGGGGCCCGUCAGCCACAACAGCGUUCCAGACAUAUUCCGGUCACCGGAGUCCAACAGCCUGAAAUUGAAAACUCUUAAAAUUUUGGCAGGGACGUCCCAAGAGUCGAAGAAGAAGGCGAACGGUGGCUCGCCGGGGGCGGCGAAGAACCACAAGUCGAACAACAAGGGCUCAAGCAAAAACAGCAAAGCCGUGACCUGCGACUCCGGUCGCCCCAACUGCUCCACCGGCUUCACCACGGACAUUCACGCUCCCUUUUUUGAUAAAAACUAUAGUAACCUGAGCACUUUAGGCAAUAAUGGACCUACCCAUAAAAAACUCUACCGUCAUAAAUCCAGUUCGAAAUCACUGAGGGAUGAGAACUGUAAAAUCAAGCGGACGGACCGCGAGCAGCCCCACAAGGACCCACCCGUGACAGCUGCUUUUGAGAAACUGAGGGAAUCAGACUCCAUUCUUCUUAAAGCAGAAACAGCAUUUUUGGGUUUUCCUGUAUUUGAAGAAGAGACUCCCUUUUCUAGAAAGACGGUUGAUGUUUGGUUCUUUUCUUACCUUUUUUUCUUUCGGUUGUUUUUUUCUUUUUUUCCCCCCAUCGGUUCCUUUUCGAAAUCUGCCUUGUGGUCUGUUGAAAUGUAAGUGCUGAAUCGAAGAGUUUGAAAUUGUGGGAAUUUUAUUAUUUGAAAGCAAACCUAAUCUGGUAUUCUCUGUGAAAGACUGUUUUAAAAGUCAUACUGUUGUACAGUAGUUUAUGCACUAUUACCCACAACAACAAAAAAUUGUGCCAAACUAUGAACAAGUGACUGUAUUGUAUAUAUUUUUACUUCUCUAUCAACAUUGGGUUGUGAGUGUUUUCUGCAGCUAUGCCUUUUGGUUUUACUAGAAACAUUCCAGUUGUUAAGUACUAACCACCCCCCUUCGAAAGCACCUGUAACUCACGAUGAAAAACGAUAUUGUUCACUGAUACAACUUACCAAAAGUUUUAUGGACAUGACUAAAAAUGUGCCAAAUUUACUUACCUCAUUUCAUGGAUUCACCCUGUGGUUUAAAGCUCAUAAAGGGAAAAAAAAAAAAAAAAAAGAGAAAAAAGAAAAUAAAAAGGGGGAAAAAAAAAAGAAAAAAAGGAACUUUGAAACUGAUGCUGGGAAAUGGUAACGUCCUCUCUUUGAAACCACGAGCAGAAAAACUUAAUGGUGAAAUGUUGAGUUUCAUUAUAGGAGAGAGUUGCAAUGGUGGAGGAGUUCAGAAAACCACUGACGGUAAGUUUGCCAGGAACUCAAGUGUCUGCAUCUAGAGACUACAGAACAGCUGCUUUUCAAGUGUCUGUUUUCUUAAAGCAAAACCUGUAGCUGAAGAUCAUUUGAAAUGCAAAGUUACAUUGCUAAUUCUUUGUAUCUCAGUUUUAUAUAUUUUAUAAGAACCUGGGAUAAAUUCUGAAAUAGGUAUAAAAACAGAACUAAUACAUUUCAUACAUUGAGUGCUAUUUACUUUUCCUUUGAAUAGUUUCUUAAACAUUUUCGAUGCAGAGCCUCUCGGAAGCGCUCUCCCAUCAUAGCUUUGGUGUUUCCUCCAUGUCUAACCUUGCGAUGCCAAUAUAGUUUGUACUUUCAAAAGCAGAGUCAUUCAUUUAAAAUACAACUCUGAACCUUUCCUUUGAUUCAGUUCACGAAACAAAUACAACCAACGGAGCUAUUUGUGAUCUCACCGAUCAGGGCCGGAUCAUGACUGGACUUUAUUGAGACAGUGUUAAGUAUUGAAUGCUAAAUGUAUUCUCAAAAGGCCUUAUUUGUAACCCUCCUCACCACACCCUCGCCCUCCACGAGAAUAACGAACCCAACAAAGAUCUAUUUUCCUUGUGCAACUGAGAGCCUGUGCGUUUUGCUGCUGAUUCCUCAUGAAAAACCUUGAUAUGCAAGAGCCCUGGGAGCGAUUGGGAGCAGAGGGAUGUGAGGCUUGGACCCCUUAUGCAAUAGCAGGCGGUGAGGAAGAGGAGCUGUCCUAGCAGUGGACAGGUCACGUUGCUGAUAUGGCCACAGGCGUAGACGUGGUGUCACACAGAGGGCAGGACUGGGCUCAGGUUUCCUCCCAAGUCAGUUUUUUUCCACCCACACACCAGGCAAAGCAGCAGAAUUGGUUUAAGUUAAUUCAGCAGAAAAGCAGAGCAAUCACCUAAAAUCAAAGUGGAGAUGCAGAGUGUUAGUUUAGGAUCAUGUUUGCAGCUCUUGCAGAUCUUGGGGUGCAGCUUGGCUCGGCUCUGUGAUCGCAGAGAGAACAGCUCAGUAGUUGCAUUGUGUUUUAUUUAACAGAUGAAAGGACGAACUCUGAAAAAACAAGUGUAAUUAAAAAACAUCCUGUAAGUUCAUUUUUUCAUGGAAUAAAUGCUGGUGUUGCCCAGAGUGAGUUGCUCUGGAUGGGUGGUCCCUGGUGCCCCAUGGCAUGCAGCGCCCCACCCCAGCUCUGGCUCCAGGAGGGAGAUCCAGAAGAUGCUCAGGAUUUACUCUGGAGGCAAGAGCUGUGGUAGGGCUCCAUCCCUGGGCUCUGGGCUGACCUGCAGCCACCACGCUCUCCCACUUCCCCAGCAGCUCUCUUUUCUAUUCAUAGGCUCAUCAGAUGCUAAAGCUCCAACCACUGCUGUGGUGUUGGCACAUCCCAGUUUUUCAGCAAUCCCCCCAUGUGCUGCAGGAGAGGGGCUGGCAGCUCCCCUCUUUUGGAUGCUCUGGCUGCUGCUCCUGCAGAGACAGGUCAGGCCAGGGCUGGGAUGUGGCACAGACCUUCUUUCUGACCAGAACCAUCAUUUGAAAUCACAUUUCACCUGGCCUGCACUGUGCUCCUUGUGCUUGAUGUUAUGAAUAUGGGACUUACAAUAAAACCCCAUGUACUGGAUGGGAUAGCAAUACUUAUUGCAUUCCAGGAAUGUGCAAUAGGGCAUGAAGAUCAGGCAUAAAACAUAUCGACUGUUUUAUCCAUGAAUGCCCAGCUGGGUGUUUCAGAAUGGUGUUAAUCACAAACUCCAGCUGCCUUGUUGCUCUCCUUCAGUCCUUCUACCAUUCCAGUUGCUGACAGCUUUGGUGGUCAUCCCAUAUCCUCCAAAAAUUUCUGCCUGGGGAGAUGUUAAAGCGCCUGGGUCCCUCAUGGUGUGGCACUGGCCCUUCCCUGUGUUGGAAAAGGUCAUUGCUGCCUGAUCCCAAAAUUCAGAAAUUGCCUUGAGCCAACCAUUUGCUCUCCUCUCUUUUGAUCUUUAUAGAGUAUUUGGGUGGGAAGGGACUUUUGAAGGCCAUUAGUCCAACUCCCCUGCAAAAAGCCAGGGACAUCUUCUACUAGACCAGGUUGCUCAGAGUCCUGUCCAACCUGACCUUGGAUGUUUCCAGGGAUGAGACAGCCACCAGCUCUCUGGGCAACAGUGCUGGCAUUUCACCACCCUCAUAAAUCUCUUCUUCAAGUCCUUCUCGGCAGGGCUGCUCUAAAUCCCUUCAUUCCCCAGCCUGUGGAUCCCAGGGAUUGCCCCAUCCCAGGUGCAGCACAUUGGGCCUUGUUGAAUAUUCCGAGGUUCCCCUUGGCCCACUUCUCAAGCUUGUCCAUGUCCCUGUGGAUGCCACUCUGUCCCCUCCCCACUCAGUUUGGUGUCACCUGCAAACCUGCUGAGGGGGCUCGGUCCCAGGGGCUGCAUCAUUGGUGGAGACACUCCACAGUGCUGGUCCCAGAACAGACCCCUGAGGGACAGCACUCGCCACUGGUGUCGUCCUGGACAGCGAGCUCUUGACCCUCUGGGUGUGACUGCCCACCCAGUUCCUCAUCUGCUGAACAGUCCAUCCUUCAAAUCUGUCUCCCUUCAGUUUAGAAAGGUGUUCUGGGGGCAGUGUCAGAGGCUUUACAGAAGUCCAGACAAAUGACACCUGGAGCCCUUCCCUUGUCCAUGGAUGCAGUCACUUCAUCCUAAAGGCCACUGGGCUGGCCGGGCAGGACCUGCCCUUGGUGAAGCUCUGCUGGCUGUCCUGAGGCACCUCCCUGUCCUCCGUGAGCCCCAGCAGAGUUUCUAGGAGGGUCUGGUCCAUGGUGUUCCCAGGCACAGAGGGGAGGCUGACAGGGCAGUGUUCAAUGUUUUUGCUUUCCCAGUCAUCCAAGACUUCACCUGACUGCCAGGACUUUUCAGAUUCUAUGGAGAGUGACUGGCAACUCCAUCAGACGAUUCCCUCUGGGCUCUGGGAUGCAUCUCAUCAGGUCCCAUAGUCUUAGGUAUGUGCAGGUUCCUCAGGUGGUCACAAACUUGAUUUUCUCUGGGAGGGACUUUGUGGGAGGGACUUUGCUCCUCCAAUCCCUGUGCUGUGGUUCCACCACUCAAGGGAGAUGGAAAGAGAGGUUGCCUCAAUCUUCUCAUCCAUUGUGACCAGUCUGCCAAUUGUCACACCUGCUUUGACCCUUCCUUUUCAUGCUGACACACCUGUAGAGGCCCUUGUUAUUCUUUGUCUCUUGCCACAUUCAGCUCCAUCUGCACCUUGGCCUGUCCCAUCCCUGAACAACCUGACAGCAUCCCAGGUUACCUGUCCCUGCUCCUGCUGCCUUGCAUCUCCUCUUGCCCUGCAGCCUGACCAGCAGGUCACGACUCAGCCAUGCCAAUCUCUUGCCUUCCUUACCUGAUUUCUUACACCUGGGGAUCAAGAGCUCUUGCUCUCUCUGAAAAGCAUCCUGAAAGAUCUGCCAGCUCUGUUCUGCUCCCUUGUCCCUCAAGGGCAGUUUCCCAGGGGAUCCUGGUGAUUAACUCAUUGAAGAGCCGGCACUUUACUUUCCUGGAAUUCAUCUCCACCUGCCUAUCACUACCUCAAGGUUUUCACUUCCCACCUUUGCCUCAUCCCUCACCAUUCAAGCUCUUGUUCCCCAUUUGCAUUUUUGUUUUUCAUGGCACUGCUCACAGCUGUGGGAGGGCUGGGGAGUGGGUCCCACCCAUCUCUGCCCAGCACCCACACCCCUGGAGCUCCCUGCCCCUGCUUGUGCUGGCUCCCACCUCGGCCCAGUCCCAGUGCAACUUCCAUCCUCCUCUUGCAUCUUCUCCAGGAGCUUGUUUGGCUCUCAGGAGCAAUGAAGCCAAGCCACACAAAAGAUGGUUAUUCUGCAGCAUCCCUUAAAAUGUCUCUUCUGCUUCUUCUCUUUUCACUCCUACUCCGGUGCAGGAUGGGAGGAGGUGCCAGCAGUGCUGCUGAGCCGCGCUGUCACCGCAGUCUGGAUCACUUAGGAUUGGCACUGGCGUUGGAAAGCAGAGACCGGCCACUUCCAAAGGUCGUAAAAUCCAUCUGAGAGGAGAAUUAAACAGGGCAAGGUGGUACCUGCUGCUCUGCCACAGGAGCACAGGCCUCCCAUGGCACAGCAACAGGACAGAGGUCCUGCAGAAAGGAAUCCUGCAGCAACCUGGCAGGAGCCAACCCAGCCCACAGCCAUAGAUUGCAUUUAGAGCUUUUGUAAAUAGAAAAAUAUCAGUGAUGGGGAUCCAAUAAAAGCCUUUUGGGUUUUUAUUACAAAAUAAAUCUUCUUAACCAGGUUUACAUCUUUCUUUCUUUCUUUUUUUUUUUUUUUUUUUUUUUUUUUUUUUUUUUUGAGCAUAGGAGGGCGGAUGUUUUUGAAAAACGUCUUGAGAAUAAUGAGUUAUGGACCAGAGGUAGCCAGGCAUUUUGAGAGGAGGAGGAGGAGAAGGAAGAGGAGGGCAGGGGCAGCCACAGGGCUGUCACUGCCACACUGUGCUGUCCCGCUGAAGCUGGGUCAGCUCUCUCUGCUCAGAGAGGCCAAGGCUGGCUGGUGAUUGCUUGGAGAAACCAUUGCUGCACCGUUUGCUCUUUUAAAAAAUCAGGAUCGCUGUUAAUUUUUUCAGUAUUAUGGCCCAAACAAGGCAGGAACCAAAAUAAAGAUGUUUCAAGCAUUGUCAUCCUUUAGCUGCUGGACCAUGUUCUUUCCCUAAGUUGCCAAUCUAGCAAAGCACUUAGUUGAGAGCUCACUCCCGUGGGCUCCCACACCCCAAGUGCUUUCCCAGCCAGUGAUGUGAAGUCCCAAGAAAAACUCCCUUGAAGUCAGUGUAAGUGGGAAGAGGAUCAGGUGUGUGGACUUGGGUUGGUGCAGGAUCAGGCCCUCGGUCUUUACUUUCUGAGCUUGGUGUGUUGGACUUUGCCUGUGCAGCUCCCAGGGGGCCCAGUGGAGGUUGCAUGGUUCAAACAGCUGGCAUCUAUUGGAGAAUGUGCCUCUUUAUCUCUUCAGCGUGUGAAAUAAUGCAAAAAAAAAAGAAAAAAGAAAAAAGAAAAAAAAUAUAUAAAAUAAACCAAGUAUAAUGUCUGUGGUAGAAGCAAGGCUUUUCAAAUCUGUUUCUCAGGUAAACAAGUGACACUAAUGACAGUGGAGUAACAGCCAUCUAAGGGAAUUAGGAUCUGAAGCAGGAGGAUUCCCUCCAUCUCGCAGGACGCUUGGGUUGCCAGACACGUUUACUGAGCCUUUAAACACUUGGUGCAAAAGGAAAACGAGAAAUAAAAUUGGUCUCUUCACUACCCUUCGCUAGCUAGACAGACAGACAGACAGACGUCCAUUUCUAAAGCACAAAGGGAAGACUUAAACCUAGACUAAACCACACACAGACACAAAACCAAGGUACCAGUGAAACUCCUUUUGUCUCUUACUCCCGGUGGGAAGCAGGGUAGAAAUCCAAGGAGCUGCUCUGUUCCGCUGCCCCGGCGCCGGCCGGGCACUUCGACUGCUGCCUCCAGAGAUGUGAAUGUACUGCUCCUUGAGUUCCCUUCCAUAGAACUAGAGGCACCUCGUUAGGAAGUUGCUCCUGUUUUAUGGUGCUAAAGAAAACUUUUAUUCCCCCCCUUGAGCAUUUAAGAACUAUUAAAUGGCCCUUUUUAUGAAUGUAACAUAUCCAUUUCUGUUCCACAUUUUACACUGCAAUUUUAACAUGUUUGGAAAUGAUUUGCCUUUUUUCUUUUAGAAUAAGCUUUAUAAAUAUUCUGUAGAGUCAAUUGAAGUAUAAUUCUUAAGGAUCACUCUAAGACGCCUACAAAAUCUUGUAUAUUUUUAAGUGUGCCAAUUUGUAAAAUAUUUUGUAAGUGUAUAUUUUUCUUAGAAAAGUGCUGUGAAGUGUUUGUAUGUGUGAGGUUUCCCUUUUUUUGCACCUUCGGGUGUUAAUAAAAGGAUGUAUACUUAAGAGUUUCUGGUUUUAAAAACCAAAAUACAAAGAAAAAAAUUAAACUUUUGUUGGGAAUUUUGUAAUAAAAAGAAAUGUUGUGAAAGAGUGUAGUGAUAUUGUGUAAAGGAAACUGGAAAAUUUGUGAGCGCUUUGCUGUUUUAUAGAUCCUCUUGUAAAUUAUUCUUGUAAUAUUUUGGGUUUUGUUGUUCUUGUUGCAAAGGUUUUAAAUAUUUGUGACUGACUCUGUAUGGUGAAAACGUCAUAUUGUUAACUUGCUGAGUUUUGUUAUAUUGUUUAUGGAAUAAAUAAAAAAAUUAAAAAUCUCA